UGCGCACCUAAGAAAGCAUGGACUUCAACAAAACACUUAUAACCUAACCAGUUUCAAAAACAUGUCACAAUUAUUUGAAAACAAUAAUGGGUUUUGCCCCGACUGCGGAUCGAUAUUACCACCUUUAAAGGAAAAAGGCGGCGUCACAUGUUAUGCUUGUUCCAGGCAGUUUCAACCAGAAGUAUUUGGACAAAAUUGUGUAAAAACAAGGAUACAUUUCAACUCCCGAGAUGCGUACGCCAAAAAGGAUGACGCAGCAGAAGAAGAUGAGGGACCAAUAGUUGAAAGGAAAUGUCCCAAAUGUGGAAAUGAUAAAAUGUCAUAUGCAACUCUACAACUAAGAUCCGCUGAUGAAGGGCAAACUGUGUUUUAUACAUGUACAGAAUGUAAAUACAAAGAAAGUGAAAAUUCUUAAAUAUAUUA